AUGGCUCGAUAUUCAUCUUUGAUAUUUAUUAUUGCCUUGUGCAAUAUAAUCAAGAACAUAUCACUAACAGUCAAUGCUAAACCUUUUGAAUAUGAACUACCCAAUAGAACAGUAACAGUAUGUCCAACGCAUUCAUUAAUAUCUAUUGAAUGUCCACACGAGCCAUUGCUUGAUCAUCAAAAGUGGCAAUCCAAUGUUCCACAAUAUCUUAUUUCCAUUGAUUAUAUUCGUUCAUUUCCAUUACGUCUUGGUCACGAUCCGAGUUCUUGUCAGCCGGACUUAUCUCAUGCUUGCCAUACAUAUGAUUUACGUUAUGUAAAUACAUUGUGUAAUGGAAAAUCACACUGCUCGGAUAUUCCUACUUAUCAGAUACGUGAUCGAAGUUCAUGUGCCUUUAAAGCAGUUACAGACAUUGGUUUCCAUUGUGUACCAACAUGGAAUUUACGUGACAUACAAACAAAAUGUGACAUUUGUAAAAAUGGUUCACUAACAAAUGAUUAUGGUUUUAUUUAUUCUAGAAACUAUCCAUUAGAAACUCCACGUGUACCAUGUUUUACAACAAUAUAUGCACGACCAUAUCAUAAAACAGUUCUCUAUUUUGUUACUGGACAAUUAAAUCAUGAUCAAUUAAGAAUUGAAAGUGUUUCAUCUGAAGGUAUUACAUUAUUAAAUAUAACAUUGAAUGGAAAUCAAACUACACAAAGACUAACAGCAUCAACCUAUGAAAUGAAAAUAACAUUCAUACCUGGAAACAUUUAUUCACAUCAUUCAACUCAUUAUUUACUUUAUUUUUAUACAAUUCCUUUUUGCUCAUUUACUGAUCCAUGUGCAACUGUACCACCAUUACCAACAACAACACCCAUUAUUAUACCAGCAACAACAAGUCGAAUGCGAUAUCAAUCUAUUGGAUGGACUAAAGUACCAAAUAUUUGGAUUAUAAUUCCAAUUAUUUUGGCCUACGUUCUUCUUUUGCUUUUCGUCAUUGUUCUUGCACUAUUGUGUCAACGACGUCGUAAACAACAACAGCAACAAGUAUUGAGUACUAUAACAAGCAAAACGUUAUCUUCUCGUUAUUUAGACACAAGUGGCACAUCGAGUCGUGCUCAACUUGUGACACCAUUACCACCUCCGAUUAUAAAUGAUACUGGAAUGAAUACUCUUCAUUGUGCAAGUACAUCUCAAAGUAUUCAUUAUCCUCUAUCAACUUCUUCUUUUGCACAAAAUAUGGGAAGAUAUCAUCGUGAAAGUCGAAGUGAUUUCGAUCUUCAUCAUAGCUCUAUGAAUGGUAUUAAUUAUGGUCAUCAUACGUCUAUACCUUUUCGAAAUCGUACUACAAUGGCGCAUGGAAUCUAUCGUCCAUAUGAUACAAUAGAUUAUUCCUCAACCAUUAAUAAUACUAAUCGUCGUCGUUCAUUACCAAAAUCUUUCUCUGAUUGUAAUUUGUGUAAACAACAAGUUUUUUCUGAAGCAUAUCAACGUUAUUAUGAUGAUGAAAGUGACAAUUGGCAUUUCGACGAUAAUGGAGAACGACAAGUAGAACCAAGAGCUUAUUGUGAAAGAAUAAAAGAACGUUUUCGUGAACGUUUAACAGUACGAAAAAUACCAGAUAAUGAUAUUUUAUCACCUUCGACAACAACUGUUGAAUAUUCAACGGUUUUACCACGACAUCAACGAAUCGGAAGUCAAUCAAAUCGUUCAAAUGGACAAGUUCAUCAUUUACCAUUUCAAUAUAUUCCAAGUGAAAAUUCAAAAAAUGUUCGUACAGUUGAAUACAAACGAAAUUCAAGUCAAGAGCGUGUUGCUGUUGGAAGUAGCCAACAACAUGGAAUAAAUGAUGAAAGUGGAACAACUAAUUUUACGGUUAAAUUUUAUGAACGUGAUGAUGAUGACGAUAAUGGUGAUACCGAAGAUCAGCUUGAUCGUUGUUUACAUGAAGCACGAGAAGUCCAAGAAAUGUCAAUGAGAAUGAGUGAGCAACAACAACAACAGCAGCAACAUUUUAACCGAUAUCAAUAUCAAAAUCAACAACAAAGACAUUUUACUGGCAAUAUCGAUAUUUAA